CCCAACUUUGCCAUAUCGACACUGUUCCCCAUCCAAUCGCGCUAUCGGGCUGUAAGUAAUUUCAUUACUUUUGUUGACUUUACCUAUUCGUUUUCGUUUUACCGAUCAAGAAAGAUCCUUGGUCGACAAUACUUUAUACGCAAAGACAUCGUAGCCUGAAUUUUCUGCUCGAUCUGGCCGAUCGAAAGGCUUCAAGAUGACUACCCUCGAUGUCGAAGCCUUGCUUGAUGCCACUGCUACCAAUAAAAAUGACGCCAAGGAAACCCGAUUGAAGGAUUCAGACGACCGUAUAAAAUCCGACCGAAGUGAACGUAGAGAACGCGACCGCAGUCCUGGCCGACGACGCGAUCGUAGUGUCGAUCGAGCACGACGUGACCGUGGCGAUGAUAGAGAAGCUACUCCGCGAAGCGAUGCAGGUAGUCACAAGAGUAGGCGCAGAAGUCGGAGUCGUGAUGAUGAUCGUCGACACUCACGUCGUCACAGAGGAGGUGAUGGAGACUAUUAUCGUAGCGGUGGCCGCGGCCGAGACCGCUCUCGCUCACGUUCUCCCCGUCGCCAUUAUCGCCCAAGAGACGAGCAUCGCGAUCGCGAUCGCGAUGAUCGCAGCUACUACAGAAGCAGGGAUGAAGAAAGAGUCCGAGGUGGCCGUACGCCGAAGCGUGAUGCCACUCCCCAGCUGACCGAAGACGAGCGAGAUCGCCGUACCGUAUUUGUCCAGCAGCUAGCUGCUCGUCUUCGAACUAAAGAACUCAAGGAGUUUUUCGAGAAGGUUGGCCCGGUCACCGAGGCCCAGAUUGUGAAAGAUCGUAUUAGUGGAAGAUCUAAAGGUGUCGGUUACGUUGAAUUCAAGAACGAAGAUUCCGUCACUGCUGCUCUUCAGCUUACUGGUCAAAAGCUCCUAGGUAUACCGGUCAUAGUUCAACUCACCGAAGCUGAGAAAAAUCGCCAAGUUCGUAACACCGAGGGCUCUAGCUCUCACGCUAACUCGAUCCCCUUCCACCGUCUCUAUGUUGGAAACAUCCACUUUAGUAUCACAGAGCAAGAUUUGCAAAAUGUAUUCGAACCAUUCGGCGAGCUCGAAUUUGUCCAACUUCAGAAAGACGAUACCGGCCGCAGCCGCGGUUAUGGGUUUGUACAGUUCCGUGAAGCUGACCAAGCUCGUGAAGCACUUGAGAAGAUGAAUGGGUUUGAUCUGGCUGGUCGUCCGAUCCGCGUUGGACUUGGUAACGAUAAGUUUACCCCUGAGUCAACUGCAAAUAUCCUACAGAGGUUCCAGGGCCAAAACCAACAAUAUCAGGGAUCUGCAUUCUCCGGUGCUGGUGGACGAGGUCCUCAAGCCUCCGGGUUCGACCGAGCAGGAGGUCGUGACAACGACAAGGCGACCGGCGCUAGCGCUUUAGACGACACUGAUGUUGCUGGUGUCAAUUUUAACAACUACAGUCGUGAUGCAUUGAUGAGAAAGCUCGCUCGAACAGACGACACUUCUAACGGAACUCGUGACGAGAGACAGAUUCUCAAGCCCAAGACGGAAACCAAGCCGUUGCCUGUUAAUGUUAACAUGGCCAGUCGAUGUGUCGUUCUGCACAACAUGUUUGACCCUACUGAAGAAGAAGGUGAAGCUUGGAUUAAGGAAUUGGAGGAUGACGUUCGACAGGAAGCGGAAGAGAAAUAUGGUCAUGUGGUCCAUAUUUCUCUCGACCCGAACUCCCAGGGAGAUAUCUAUCUCAAAUUCGACAAAGUUCAAGGAGGCGAGAACGCCAUCAAGGGCUUGAACGGCCGUUAUUUUGGUGGACGAAUGAUCAGUGCUGCGCCUGUUGUGGACGCCGUCUACAGCAGUUUGUUCUCUCGUACCAAGGCUAUUUGAGAUGCUAAUAGUUGGCCUGGCCACUCCCGUUCUAGGAACUCUCGCCCUAUCAUCAGAACCACUCCCUCCCUUUAUAAGGACGUCAAACCAAAU